UGUUCGAUUUUGAUAUCCGAUACCGUAAAACAUUAAAUCGUGUUGGAAAUUCUUUACAGAAGUAAUUUUAUUUGGUUAAAAAUAUGGAAGGUUAUAGAGAUAACAGUGUACACUAUACUGCCAUAAAAGUUUGCGAAGAUUUGCAAAAUACACCGUCAUUUAAAACGUUUUUUGAGAAUGUUCAGAAAUUAGUUGCAACGUCAAAUGUGAAGCAAGAAGAUUUUAAAGCUUCCUUAUUAAAAGCCAUGGUUGAUAAUGGUCUAGAAGCAGAACUAAGGAACAGUGUUUAUCACUGGAUCCGAACCAAGACAAAAGAUAGUCAGACUUCUACUUCGUUUGAAGCGUAUCUGAAAAAGACUCAAAAUCAAUGGGAAAAACGAAUACAUAAAUCACUUAAUUCGAUGGGAAGUGAAUUAUCCGCACCUUUGGCCACUCCACGACAAUCUUCUGACAAGGAAGAGAUUCAGAGUAAAUGGAUUCAACUGAGUAACUACGAUAUUGACAAAGAGUUUAGAUACAUGAAUUGGAUAAAUUUUAAGAAAGCUCUUAAAUUAUUCCAGAGGAAUUUAUACACAGAAUUUGCAAGGGGAGAAUUAGUAAUGGGUGUUAAUGUACCAGCCUGUGCAUAUGGGAACUAUGCAGUGUUCGAGAGCGAAAGAAUAUCUUUGGGUGAAAAGGUGAUUAUGUCCAGUCACGCACCUGUUUCCCAAGAAUACCUAAAAAGGGGUUGUCCCACAUGCUUAAGAGCGAAAAUGUGGACAAUUGUUUUAGGAGCAGACGUUAAGCCAAACCACUACGAAGAAUUUGAGAAACUUAAGACAGACGUCCUGAAUUUAGAUUUAAUGAGCGACAAACUUGUUAUAAAAGACAUACAUUUGACUGCAUCAAACGAUGAUCAGUACUUUGUUUUUGAAGAUGUUCUUUAUCAGGUUCUCCUGUGUUUUACAAGAGACAGUCAGGUUUUAAAAGACCUCCCGGAUGUAUGCCAAUUGCAAGUAACAAUGAAAACUAGAGGUAUUUUAGAAACAGUCAUGACCUUUCCUCCAAAUGGAGUGAUACCAUUCCAUGGAUUUACUAUGUAUGCUGCACCGUUUUGUUAUUUGUAUGAUGACCCUGUGGCACUGUACCAGACUUUUAAAGCAAUGUAUACUCGAUACUUUCAUAAACUACAUAAAGUGUCUGGUUCCUCGCAAGGAGUUGUGGCUUUAUGCCUUUUAUACGAAAGAUUGCUUCAGUGCCAUGAACCUAGCGUUUGGCUUCAUUUUAAACAGUUAAAUAUUCCACCGUAAGUAAUGCAAGGAAAUCUUACUUUAAAAAGAAUAAUUCAAGUUAUUUAGCAUUUAAUCUCAUUCAUUCAAAAGGAAGAGAGCUUAUGACAGCACGAAUUGUGUCAUUAGAAGACAAUGUAAAUAAAAAUAAGACUUUACAAUUAUGACACAACUUCGUUCGUGUUGCCUUUACUUAACUAACCUAACCAACCUUAAUGAAUGUUAUUUGUGUGUUGUCCUAGUCAUAUCCUUUCAUAUAUUUACGUAAACUCGUCGAUACAAUUAAUGUUUAUUAAAAUUAGAGGUCAUAUUACAGAGAGGUAAAAUUGGAAAGUAAGCAAGUCACUAAAAAGAAUGUCGACCUUUUGGCAU